AUGAAUGUCGGCAUGGGCAUCACUGAUGCAGAAGGCAUGGAACGGAUUUGGUCACGCACACGCAAAUUGAUUCCAAUAACCAGGAAUAUGGGGGCCUCCAGACGCAUCUGGAUGAUAGACCAGUAUGUUGGAUUCGUGAAUGAGGAUGGUCUAAUCGAGCUCGGGGCCUGGCAAGAGCGCCAAAGCACCGUGAAUCUAUUCAAGAAGGCUUCUGCUGCCCGUGCAGCGUUGGUUCUCGGUUCCAUUUCCGAGACAGACUUGCGCAAACAUUGGGAGGAUCAAAAGAAUGCGCAAACCUCCGUCCGUUCAGCUCCUCCAAAUAGACUCCGACGAGAUCUUGAGAAGGUCAUCACUCUCCAAGGGCAGAUCGAUUCUGUAGAUGAAGCAAUUUUGGAUGCAAAAAAGGCGAUCCUGGCCUCGAAUCACUCUCAGAAAUCUCGAAGGGUUCUUUCAGACCUUCAGGCUACACACUCCACGCUGGAUGCCCAAGUCAACCGGCUUUACGGCUCACUUGAUCUCAAUGAAGAUUUCCCGAAUCUUGCUCAUCUGCCAAUCGAGUUCCUUCACACCUUGCUUCUCAUGCUGAACGGCAAACGGGAGGCUUUGGGGAACAGAUUAUACCAGAACAUCAAGCAGUCCAUUUCACGUAGACAGCCCGCCCUCCUCAAGCUCAUUUAUCGAUUCAAUGGCUAUGUUAUCAAACUUUCGGAAUGUCGACCGGCCGACUGCUCCAUACCAAUCCCUCGACCUCUUUCCACAAAGCUGGCUGAGCUGCGUAGCGACCCUGGCCUCUACGACGACGUCUGGAUCUCGACUCGUCUGGAAAGGCCUCCAAAGUGGCUCACAGAUGAAAAUGUUCGCGACGGAAUCCAAAACAUGUUGGUGCUAGACCGCUGUCGGGAAGAAGUGAAACGCAUGGCACUGGAACAAAGCAAUAUGAGAUCAUGGAUUUCUCAUGAGCUCAACCUUCUUCGGAAAGCACUCGACUUGCCUGGAGAAACCUUGCUCAGCGUCCCAUUGCUUACACGCAAGAAUCACCUCGAAUUUGUCUCCAUCUCCUGGGAACGACGUCUCCGACGCUCUGAGCAACCCCGCUUUUCUGCACCGGUUAUGCCACCGGUUAGGCCUGCCUCCAGCGCCUCCACUGGCCCUGCGUCUCCCUUUGCUUGCAUCCCGGCUUCGAGACAAAACAACUCUCCGCAUUUCACUAUGGAUGAUCAGCCUCAGUCCUUCGGAUCUCUUCCUUCCCGCCCUUUGAUGACCAAUCCUCUUGUGGGACACACCACAGCCAUCGUUCAGGAGGAAUCAGAAAUUGCUGUGGAUGAGGACCGCGAUUCCCCUCCACCUAGUGAAGUCGAAGAUAACUCUGACACAGACAAUGAAAGUGUGGGAUCAAGCGAUGGAUUGAACGCCUUUGUGUGGAAAGUGCCGGCAAAUCUCAGUAUGGACUCUCAGUUUGCGACGCAUUUAAGGAUGCAUAAUCUGUCGCACCAUUUCAUCCGAGUGAAUGCUGCUCGCAAGGUUGUUGGCCUCCAUGGCCUCCGGAGUGCCGAUCUUCAGUGUGACGAUAUGGACCGAGUCCUCCAGAAGACCGGACGGCUCAAUAACUUUGCUCUAAAUGGAUUGGCAAAGUCUCUGUUCGGGAUCUUUGCAGAGCCACACUCUCCAUUCUCAAAUCAAGUUCUGCAAUGUGCGCUUUUCAGCACCUAUGAUCUGGCUCGGGUUCAGACCCAGGCGAGUGAUCAAGAUCUCUGGCGCAGCACAGCGCAGACAAUUUACUGGCGCAAACGGCUAUGGGUUGUUCCCAUCCACCGGCCGUCGCAGGAGCACUGGGUUCUUGCAAUGCAUGUAUCUUUCCUUUUCGCUCCUCCGCUUGAAAUGACCUCAGAGCCGCAGGACCUUGGCAACAUGGUCUCCCGCCUUUCAGCAUUGGCAUCUCAAAACCAUCCCGAAGAAUUCACGCCUCUCAAAGAAUCGCAGUGGACCGUUUUGCCAAUUUACAAUCAGGUGCUUCAGACCAACAGCCAUGACUGUGGCGUAUGGGUCCUCUGCGCAAUAGCUGCAACCUUGAGAGGAUUCGACGCUCCCUUCCUUACAGAAAGGGAUAUUCCAGAAAUACGCUCCUUAUUCUUCGAACAUUUCCUUACAUUACCCCUUUUAGCUCCGGAAAAGCGAGUCAUCCAAAUCCAGGGAGGCCAUGGAGGCCGUGGAGGCCGUGGAGGCACUGCAACUAUGUAG